AUGAACCAAGCCAAGCAGCUACAAAUCUGGAAGGAGAGCAAACCACAGUCUGGUGCUGCAGAUGGGGGACAUCCACAGUCUUUGCUAGAAGAAGGCAUGCCCGAGGGAGGAAAUGUCCUCCCAUGCGGCACAGCAGUGCCCGGACAGCCAGGGUGUGGCCGGCAGGAGCAGGGCAGUGACCGUCCCCCUGUGCUCAGCACUGCUGAGGCCGCAUCUCAAGGGCUGUGUCAAGUUUUGGGCCUCUUAUUCAGGAAUGACACUGAGAAACUGGAACUAGUCCAGAGAAGGGCAAUGGAGCUGGAGAAAGGUUUGCAGAACAAGUCCUGUGAGGUGUGGCUGAGGGAGCUGGGGGUGUUUAACCUGGAGAAAAGGAAUCUCGUGGGAGACCUCAUCACUCUCUGCAACUGCCUGACAGGAGGGUACAGCCAGGUUGGGGUUGGCCUCUUCUCCCGGGCAACAGGUCAUAGGACAGGAGGACAUAGCCUCGAGCUGCCUCAGGGCAGGUUUAGGUUGGACAAUCUCUUCACAGAAAGGGUGAUUAGACAUUGGAAUGGGCUGCCCAGCGUGGCAGUGGAAUUACUUUCCCUGGAGGUGUUUAAGGAAAGACUGGACGUGGCACUCAGUGGCGUGAUCUUGUUGACAUGGCCACAUUCAGCCGCAGCUGUUCCCGCCGCCGCCGCCUCAGCGUCUCUUGUGUCACGCCUGCCUCCCUCUCCCGCAGGGACCAAACACCCCAGGGCAUCACGCCCGGCUGCCUUUCCCUUGGGAGAGACCCCAGCGAGGGGCUCCUCUGCCUGGGGACUGGCUGAGGAGACCGCUGCUCUAACACAAUACGGCAGCGCAGCCGCGGAAUCACAUCUGUCUCUAGAGGGGGGCAGACGGCUCUCCGCGGGCCCGGGGCAGGUUCUGCCGUGCGCGUAG